UCAACGCACUAGUCACAUGAAAUGGGCGGGCACUUGUCAACUACGGUUACGGACGUUGCCGUGAACUUUGCCGGUGUUGAACUACCCCCUGGACCCCGAACCGUUAGCUCUGUUAUAGCAUCAGAGUAUGGGCAGUGUGUUGGCUGCCGCCUCCCCCAGUCCAGCUCCAGCUGCAGCUGGAGUUGGAGGUGGUCAAGGGGUUCCAGGGUUGGUGUCGGUCCCUCCAGGGUUUAGUAUGCCCUCAGUGUCUUCCGUCCCUCCAUCAUCUGGAUCUGGCCAGCAGACGUCAGAUGCAGAUUCCCCACUCCCAAACCCAGGCACUUAUGAGGAAUGCCACCGCAAAUGUAAAGAGGUGUUCCCUCUGCAGAUGGAAGGGGUGCGGUUAGUGGUCAACAAGGGCCUGAGUAACCACUUCCAAGUCAGCCAUACUGUUACCCUCAGUACCCAGGGUGAUUCUGGUUAUCGAUUUGGUUCCACCUACGUAGGCAGUAAACAGACUGGACCAGCAGAGUCAUUCCCAGUCAUGGUCGGAGAUAUGGACAAUACUGGGAGUCUGAAUGCCCAGAUCAUUCACCAGCUCACAUCUGCUGUGCGUUCUAAAAUAGCAAUCCAGACUCAGCAGCAUAAGUUUGUGAAUUGGCAGUGUGACAUGGAGUAUCGUGGUGAAGACUUCACCUCUGCUGUGACACUCGGAAAUCCAGACGUACUUGUUGGAUCUGGCAUUUUGGUGGCCCACUACCUCCAGUCCAUCACACCAGCGCUGGCUCUGGGUGGUGAGCUAGUGUACCACAAGAGACCUGGGGAGGAAGGAACCGUCACCUCCCUUUUGGGCAGAUACACAGGUGACAACUAUGUUGCUACAUUGACUUUGGGAGGUGCAGGAGCUCAUGCUACAUACUAUCACAAAGCCAACGACCAGUUGCAGAUAGGAGUUGAAUUUGAAGCAAGCACAAGGAUGCAAGACACUACAACAUCCUUUGGUUACCAGUUGGACCUUCCCAAGGCCAACCUGCUGUUUAAAGGUACAGUUGACAGUAAUUGGGUGGUAGGGGCAACCCUUGAAAAGAAACUGUUGCCGCUGCCUCUCACACUGGCCCUCGGGGCUUUCCUCAACCAUCGCAAGAACAAGUUCCAGUGUGGCUUCGGUGUCACCAUUGGCUAGGUCUCUGGUGCAGGGUCUGCCUGGAGCCAGCUCGCAGGCCACAGCUUGGACCGGCACAGAGACACACAGGAACCUGGACUAAGUUUUAGAAAUUGGAUUCAGAGACUCUCUUACAACUGUGAUUUCUGGGGCAGACAGAGAGAUAAAGACAACUACCAAGGAGCCAGGACUGGCCAAGCCAUGCCUACAUACUGUAGCACAAAUGUCUUUCCUUUAUGGUGUAUUGGAUAUACCCAGAGGCUAGAGAGAUGUACAUCAGAGGGCAUCAGGUGAUGCAUGAGAACAUGUGAUGUGAAAAUCAAAGUAAGUGGUUAGACAUAAUAUAUGGUUAUCAUGUAUGACGGAUUGAAAUAAAUGUGAUUACUUUUUGUAAAAGUA